GAUAAAUGAUGCUUUCGUGACACUUCAGAAGGCGAUCCCCGACCUCCCCGGGGCGGAUGCUGAGAAGCUCACUAAGAUCACCAUCCUCAGACUAGCCGUUAAUUACAUCGACGCCCUGGCGGGUGUCUUAGACGACGAUUACAACCCCACCGACAUCGACGGCGUGAGGGAGCUCUGGUGCCUGGAGAACGCCCACAUGGCCCGCCCCGAGCACUGCGUCCGGCCCGUGAUGAAGAGCCCGGGAGCCAAGACGUCGGUCGCUUCGUCAGGAAAAAAUAGCAAAACGAUUAGCAACAGUAAAAAUAACAGCAAAGUAUCAAAACCAAAAAGCCAACAGUCGCACGCGAGAGCGGAUGGAAGUAAGAGCAAGCACACGAUAGCGACUAAAUCGACGACUAAAAGACCGAGCAAACCGAAGAACAAGCCGAGAGAGUGCAAGACAGCAAGUAUUGCCACAAGCAACGGUGCAUAUAUUACUCUAAAGAACGUGGCGUUGCAGACUCCGCCCCACAGAGUAGGCAGAACGAUCAACAACGAGCCUCUCAUGAUGUCAAUGACAGUGAAGAGGCCGAGAGUCGACUCCAUCACUACUAGACCCCACAAACUGCCGCGUCUGGAGCCCGUCGUCCCCCUGAUGACGCUCAACCAGCCGCUUCUGGCAUUCACUCCUUACGGCGCGGACCUCUCGCACGUCCCCGCCGCCAUCCCUGGCAACGACACGCCGGAGCCGCUCGCCGGAGCCACGCCGACCACGCUCCACCACGUCACCUACACCGACCCGGCCACGAUCUUCCACACGGGCGAGUCCGUGUCGGUGAACGUCGCCUUCCAGGACCUGGAUAGCCCUGUGGUGAGGAAUGACGUCCUCCUCGAGUUCCCGAGGAGCGGGAGACACCUCAGCGAGUCCUCGAGUCGAGACUCCGCGUUCUCGAGUGACGGCUCAUCCCCCCCGAGUCCUCUGGAUAGCGUCGCGUUCCCUGCGCCAGUGCCAGUGCCGGUGCCGAUCGGGGACUCGUCGCCUUCGUUCUCCAUCGCGUCGUCGAGCGGCCUCUCCGGCUGCGGCUCGAGCUCGGACUGCGAGAGCGUCCUGGCGGCGCCCGUCGAGCUCGGCAGCCUCCUGGGAGACGAGCCCUUCGAGGAGGAGCUGGACCACCUGACGUCCACCUUUGCCGAGGGCGAUGACACCCUCAACCUGUUCCUCGCUCACUCGUCCUCGAAUUUCAUCUGCACGGACAUCGACGACUGCUAGGGCCGAAGGACCUUUUCUUUUCACCCAAGACAAAUAUGAUGAUUGGUAAUGCAAGGUCAUUGAUGUUCUCUUCCUCUCAGUGAUGAUUAGCGUUCGUACGAGAAAGAUUGCAAGCAUUGCAGGGACGAGACAUGACUGCGUUGGAAUCCUGUGAGCUCUGUUGCCAUUGUAUUUUAUAAGGAAAUGUGUACAGUUUUUAGAUAUUUUUUACGAUGUAUUGAAAUAUAUUAUUACGUUGAUUUUUUUAUACAAAAGAGAUUUGUAUCUGAGAUUGUAAGACAGUUUAUGGAAUAUACGUAAUUUAAGAAUACAAAUAUACAUAUCAUCCUUCUGUGUUCAUACUUUGUAAAUAAGAUGUUUUCCAUUCUGCUUUAUGUAAAU